AUGAUAGACUUCCCGAACGGCACCUACACCCCGAACGGCACCGGUUCGCUCAAUGUGAUGAGUUUCUUCACCUCCAGUGGCUUCCUGAGUCAGCUCGGUACCGUCGGCGGACUGCUGGCGCUGCCCGUGGGAAACGGGACCGGGACUGCCAACAUCUCCACGGCGCUGGCGCUCCCAUCCUUCACCGACCCGGUAGCCACCGUUUCCUACGGGUUCGGGGUGGCCAACUACAGCGGCGCCACCAACAGCUCGGCGAUUCCGCCACUAACGACCGCGCUGCUCAACGUCAACGGAACGCUCGAGUAUGGGGCGGCCGGAAAUGGGGCGCUCAAUCUGACGCACCCAUUUCCCAACUUCGUCCACAAGGAGUUCAUCUUCGAUCGGACCGACGUACGAGUGAUAUUCAUCACCCUGUAUUCGCUCGUAUUUUGUUGCUGCUUCUUUGGAAACCUUCUCGUGAUCCUGGUCGUGACGCUCUCCAGACGGCUGCGCUCGAUAACCAACUUCUUCCUCGCCAACCUGGCCGUGGCGGACCUCUGCGUGGGGGUGUUUUGUGUGAUGCAAAACUUGACCAUCUAUUUGAUCGAAAGCUGGGUGUUUGGUGACUUUCUCUGUAAGAUGUAUCAGUUCGUGCACUCGCUCAGCUACACGGCAUCGAUAUUCAUCCUGGUCGUCAUCUGCAUGGAGCGCUACUUUGCCAUCAUCCAUCCGAUCACGUGCAAACAGAUUCUCACAUCCCGCCGGCUGAGGCUGGUGAUAGUGGCCGUUUGGAUCACUUCCGCCGUCUACUCCAUACCGAAGUUCAUCUUUGUGCGAACCAUCACCAACAACCUGGGCGAUGACCAGCUGGAGACGAUUUGCAUCGUCAACCGGAAGAUGUUCAACUCGGAGCUGUUUGACAUUAUCAACUUUGCGCUGCUGUACGUGCUGCCGCUGCUGGUCAUGACGGUGCUGUACAGCCGAAUAGCGAUCGCGCUGUGGAAGAGCUCCCGGGGACUCGAGCGGCACAUUGCACUCCAGAACACGACCUCCUCGAGCUACUCGGGCAACUUCCACCGGAAACCGAGCAGCAAGUACGAUAAGCGAACCGCCGGUGUCACCGAGAGCCAGGUUUCGGUCGAAUCAGAUAAGGUGGUGGUGACGACGUGGCCGGCCCAGAAUAGCUUCCACCAGCGGCAUGGCACCCAGCUGACCCAGGUGUCCCACUCGUCAAACAACGUGCUGCGAGCCCGACGGGGCGUCAUCCGGAUGCUCAUGGUCGUGGUGCUUACCUUCGCCCUCUGCAACCUACCCUUUCACGCGCGCAAAAUGUGGCAGUACUGGUCCACGGACUACAAGGGUGAUUCAAACUUCAACGCACUCUUCACGCCGCUCACGUUCCUAGUGACGUACUUCAACUCGGGCGUCAACCCGCUGCUGUACGCCUUCCUCAGCCGCAACUUCCGCAAGGGGAUGCGCGAGCUGCUGCUGUGCUCCUUCAAGAAGAACAAAAACAAGUCGCUCAACCAGCGGAUCCCGCUGCACCGGCCGCGCUCGAUCGUCGUCCUGCUGAGGCACGCCCUGCUGUGCUGGGCCACGGACAAGCCGACCGUCUCGCUGGCCACCACCACGCAGUGUCCGUCUCCGACGACCCGUUCCCUGGACGGGAUCGACGAGCGGAUGCUGUGA